GCAGAGUGUGUAGCAAAAACUGGCAUGAUUUUGCUUUGUGGAGAGAUCACAUCCCAGGCUAUAGUAGAUUACCAACAAACUGUAAGAGACACUCUUAAGAGGAUAGGUUAUGAUGACUCUUCCAAAGGACUGGACUAUAAAACUUGCACAGUUUUAGUGGCCUUAGAACAACAGUGUAAAGAGAUCAAGCAUGCUGUCUCCCAUGGCAAGAAUGACGAUGACAUUGGAGCAGGGGAUCAGGGUUUGAUGUUUGGCUAUGCCACUGAUGAAACUGAAGAAUGUAUGCCCUUAACAAUCCUCCUGGCACAUAAACUGACUGCAAGCAUAAGGGCUCUGGAACGAAAUGGAACAUGGCCCUGGGUUAGACCAGAUGGGAAAACACAGGUCACAAUGGAAUACAAGGAGAAUAACGGUGCCGUGGAGCCCAUCCGAGUGCACACACUUGUGAUUUCAGUACACCAUGCCCCGGACAUAACUCUUCAACAAAUACAGAAGGAAUUAAUGGAGAAAGUUGUUAAAAAAGUCAUUCCAGAGAAGUAUCUUGAUGAUGACACAAUUUAUCAUCUCCUUCCAAGUGAAAAGUUUGUAGAAGGUGGUCCUAAGAGUGAUGCUGGACUGACUGGCAGGAAGAUCAUUGUUGAUACCUACGGAGGCUGGGGAGCCCAUGGUGGAGGUGCAUUCUCUGGAAAAGAUCCCUCCAAAGUUGAUCGCUCUGCAGCAUAUGCAGCUCGCUGGAUUGCAAAAUCUCUGGUGAAAGCUGGACUGUGUAAAAGAGUACUAAUCCAGCUAUCAUAUGCUAUUGGUCUGAGUCAUCCUCUUGCGAUCUCAGUGUUUCAUUAUGGAACAUCAGACAGAUCUGAAGAAGAACUGCUUGAGAUCGUGCAGAAAAACUUUGACCUACGCCUUGGAGCUAUCAUAAG